AUGUCCUUCUUCUCGUCGACGACGUCGAGCGGCCUGACGGCCACCGCCGCAAAGGAUGUUGAGCUUGGCGAACCACCAAACGAUUCGAUCUCUUCUCUUGCUUUCAGCAACCAAGCGGACUUCCUUGCAGUAGGAUCAUGGGAGAAUAGUGUACGAAUAUACGAGAUUGGCCCAGGUGGGAAGAGUCAAGGCAAGGCCAUGUACCAACACGAGGGCCCCGUGCUCAGUGUCUGUUGGAGUCAGGAUGGGACCAAAAUUCUUUCAGGCGGUGCAGAUAAUGCGGCUCGGAUGUUUGAUGUCACGACGGGAGCUACAACUCAAGUCGCGCAACACGACGCGCCAAUUAAAGCAGUUAGAUGGGUUGACGCUCAGGGCGGGAUUCUGGCAACAGGCAGCUGGGACAAGACAAUCAAGUAUUGGGAUCUCCGUGCGAGUCAGCCGGUCGCCAGCGUACAGCUACCUGAGCGCUGCUAUAGCAUGGACGUUGUUUAUCCCUUGAUGGUUGUUGGGACGGCUGAGCGCCACAUUCAGAUUUACAAUCUGACAAACCCCACCACCGUUUUCAAGACGAUGCAAUCACCUCUCAAAUUACAAACACGAGUUGUGUCAUGCUUCAAAGCUUCCACGACGGGCCAAGGCUUUGCUGUUGGUAGUGUCGAAGGCCGUGCAGCUUUCCAAUAUAUCGAAGACAAAGAUUCUGCGAACAACUUUUCCUUCCGUUGCCACCGAGUGAAUGCAACGGCGCCGUCCAAGGACGUUACAAUAUAUGCAGUCAAUGACAUUUCCUUCCAUCCUGUCCAUGGGACUUUCAGCACCUGCGGCGGUGAUGGAUCCAUUGGCUACUGGGAUAAAGAUGCACGCGUUCGGCUGAAAACCUUCGAUGCAGCUCCAGGACCCAUCUCGUCAAGUGCCUUCAAUCGGGAUGGUUCCAUUUUCGCGUAUGCGGUUUCGUACGACUGGAGCAAGGGCCAUGCAGGAAUGACCACUGGACACGUCAACAAGGUUAUGAUCCAUUACACCAAGGAGGACGAGGUAAAAAAGAAACCUGCUCGACGGUGA